AUGCCUUCCAGCGCACAGCCAAGCAAGAGGGACAGCGGGUUCUUCACGCUCUUCCGGCGGCCGUUUGAGAGGAAGAAGCGCACCUCCCAUACUGAGGACCAGGAUGGAAAUGCUAUUCAAUCCAGGCCUCAGGAAUCACUGGCCACUACCCGGCAUGCGGGCCAUGAUGUCAGGACAACGCCAAAUCCCGAGGUGGUCCCAGCUGCUCUGCAGGAAGUCUAUGAGGCGGCAUCGGGGCAUCGUAUCGACCACGCGAACGGCGAGGUGCAUCCGCCAAAUCGCCCGUUCUCCGAGCAGGAGCUCAAGAAUAUCUUUUCGGGUGCACCGCAUUUUAUCCUGGAAAAAGGUGUCAAUUCGACUUGGUAUCCACAUGUGCUGUUCCCAUGGGACGAGAAUGUUUCUGUCCAAAACCUGAGGGAUAGAAAACCAUUCCACCAUCCGUCACAUACCUUAUCGACGCUCCACGCCCAUCUUCCAGUUUGCCAGGGUGGGGUUACGUCCAACGACAAUUCGCAUGGAACCGCAGUUCUGCCAACCUUUGACUUGGGUGUCUUUGAAGUUCCUAACAUGCUCUCAGCUCGAGCAAAAGAACCAGGUUGUAUUGGCUUCAGGACUUAUUUGGAACUUCCAAUAGCACAUGCUUCCAAAUAUACGGCUUUCACGCCUCCUGCGCCACGCCGGAGAUACAUAUUUCCCCAGGCCCUUCCCAGCCUGAAGAAUGGGCUGUACGCAUUCUGCCGGACGCAAAUCAGCCCUAAGCGAGCGGAGGUACUCCGGGGAGGGCCAACUGUAUGGCGGAGGUUAGGGGUUCGGCCGAUUCCGAUAAAAACAGUCGCCUUGCGACUGGAGCGGAUUGGUGAGCUCCGUCAAGAUGUAAUGUUUCGUUGUCAGCAAACAAACGUCAUGGACCAGGAGAAAGUCGCGGAAUUGAACGACCAACUGUUCUCUGACUUUUUGUAUCCCUUGCCAAAAGAUAUGGAAAACUCCGUACCAGCGAAGCCUGGGAGCCUGAAAUAUCAGAUCUGGGUGCUCCUUCAAGUUUUGCUUGUAAAGGGAGUAUGGAUAGAUUUCAGUCUCGUAGAGUGGAGAAUCCGUGCAGGCCAGCUGCUCUGGGCAGUCCCCCCGUACCAAGACGGAGAUCUUGCCGACAUUCCUAAAGAAGAGAAUGAGGACAUUGAACGGAGAUGGUUUCUUUUUCAGCUGCUUCUUACGGCAGAGCUUGUGUUAAGAUUUGAUGCCGCUCUGAAGCUCGGGUUCCUCGGAAGAUCAACACACUUCCUUAUCACUCCCCGUGAUAUUAACCAAUUGAAUGAGUUAAGAACACCCCAAAUCGAUUGGGGAAUUAUCUGCGCUCAUCGAGCGAUAGACCACCUCAGAUUUAAGCAUGAUGCGCCAAAGCUGGUGGUCGGGGAGCCACGGGACGAUGACGAACAUAAAGGCCCCCGUAUCCCACAAAGAUUCUUGCCCAAAAUGUACAAAGGCGGAAUUAGGCCGGAUUCAGCGUUGCGCUGUCGGGUUCUCCCCCGCGAGCCAACGGAACAGAUGGAAGGGCUACUUGUGUUCGCAAAGGCAUUGCAGUGGCCGCAGGUCGAGCUGCUGGAACAGAAUUUGAGGGCCAAACUCGCAGUGGCUCUCUCCGACGAGGAGGAAAUGAGCUGGUCGUUUGAUAACUCCGUAAGGACCACGUCGAUUUUGUUCGCGCCGAAGCCCUGCCAGCCCGAAGACAUGUAUAUAAAAAGCACAACAUCACGCUUUCUCCACCUGCAAGUGCCCCCGGACGGCGUGGACUACAACGCGCAUUACCUUGGGGGCUGGGCGGCGCGAUCGUGGUUGACGGGGUUUGUGGUGCCGGGCGAGUCAGCGUACCAUCUGCUGAUGGCGGCGCUUCUCGAGAACGACCCACUGGCGCUGAGGAGGCUGGGCCCUGUGGCAGACGUAUACGGGGGGUUUGUGUACGCAGGCAGAAGCUGGUGGAGUAAAUUCUCGAUCAUAGGGCGCGUUUUGAGCACAUUUUCGGCGCACGCGAUCAGCAUGGGCUGGCUCAGUAGUAAAGUGUUGCCCCGGGACGAUGAUGGCCUCGAGAUCCUGAACUGCUGGAUCCAAGUGGACGCGCGCGACGACCACGCGCCUCCGGGGGAGGCGCGGAUCCAGCAGGGCAGCAAAAUCCUGCUCGAGUCGUCUCCGCUGGGGGCAGAAGGCGAGCUCACACCGGGGGCGUUCUCGCUGCCGCUGGACACGCCGGGCAGCGAUUCGCAGGGCAUGAAGGUGGUCCUCAAACGGCUCACACUCUCCAGACGGCCGGGCGACGAGCCUGAGGAUGACAACAAGCCGCUGAAGCGGGCGGGCCUGCUGAGCUUCACGACGCAGAGCGGCCAGCUCUCACCACGGUUGGUGCACAUGCCGCUGACGUUCAACGUGCAGUUUAUCUCGUCGUACACCUGCCUGCCACCGCCGGGCUACGCGGCGCAGGCCGGCAGCACGCACGCUCUGGGGGCACGGUAUCGCGCGCACACGCCGCUGGAGCUGGGCGACGAGUACAACCGCGACGGCGACCUGGGCGAGACGGCGCUGCUGGCGCGCAAAGUGCAGCCAGGCGGGCCGCCGCGGCUGCCGGCGCACCCGCUGCACACGGCGUCGUACCCGUACAGCUUCAUCCCGGUGACAUGGCUAGCGAAGAUGGCGAUGCUGCACGAGAUGCGGCGACAGGCGACGUUCAUGGCGGCGCCCGAGGACUUCCUGGCGUUUGCGGACCCGCAGCGGCGGCGACGGUCGGCGGGCGUGGGCGCAGGCGCAGGCGCAGGCGCAGGUGCAGGGCGGGCAGAGACAUAUAUCGUGGACGCGCGCGGCAGCCUGGCCAAGGAGGCGUACGCGCGGGCAUGGUGCGCGACGAUGUCACCGGGCCUGAAUCCGCCCAGCACGCCAUCCUGGUGGUCUACGGUCUGUCUCUCUGGUCCACUCACUAGCUACCCGCUGCCGCGCGAGACUCGUCAGCUAACGUCAACCAUCGUCAAACGGCCACCAGACAUCUUUGGCUUCUUCCCCCAGACCCUCCAGGGCGCCGAUAUCGUCGCUCACGCCGACCCCGACCGAGAAUACCGCGUGUUCAUGCCGGAUUUCUUCGACGGUGCCCCCGCCGACAUCUCCUGGUAUCCGCCCCAGACCGACGACCAGAAGCAGAAGCUCGGCCACUUCUUCGAGACCAAGGCCCCGCCGCCCAACACCCUCGCGCGCAUCGCCGGUGUCGUCGCUGAGGCCAACGCGCUUGCCGCCGGCGGCUCAGGGUUCAAGGCAUGGGGCAUGAUGGGCUAUUGCUGGGGUGGCAAGAUCACCUCGCUGGCUGCCGCGAAAGACUCUCUCUUCAAGGCCGCCGUCCAGUGCCAUCCGGCCAUGGUCGACCCCAAGGACGCUGAGGACGUGACUAUUCCCAUGGCUCUCCUGGCAUCCAUGGAUGAGGACGCAGAGGUCAUUGACCAGUACAAGAAGAAUCUCAAGGUGCCCCACCACGUCCAGACGUGGUCGACGCAGAUUCAUGGGUGGAUGGCCGCACGGGGGGAUCUCGCUGACCCAGACGUGAAGAAAGAGUACGAAAACGGGUACAGGACAGUUCUGGCCUUUUUCCAUGACCAUAUGUAA